AUGUCCGUCACCAUCGCCGUGAGCCCAUCAGACGAAGAGCAGCAGCCGGAGACCUCCGAGGGCAAAGGCCUUGAGGUGGAGGGUGCAGCCAGAGUGUUUCAUGACGCGGGGGAGACAAAGCUCCUAGAUCCCAUGAGCCCAGAGCUCUCAAACCAGGCCAGCGCCGCCCGUGAGUACUUGGACAAGCACAACCUCGUGGAGUUUACCCAGUUGCUGGUGCAGAGCGUGACCCGGCUCAUCAGUGUAACGAGCUUGCGGAUUUCGCGCUUGCUCUUCAGGUUCUACUUCCCUGAGCCGGAGCCCCGCCCCAGACCCCCGCCCAUGACAGCGGAGGAUGAGAGGGGCCUCCUGGCGUCGAUGUUGAGGGGGUAA